AUGAAUUCGACAAUAAUAGAUUUUUACAAAGAUAAGACUCUAUUCCUGACAGGUGGAAGUGGAUUUUUGGGAAGAGUUGUCAUUGAGAAAGUGCUACGGGCAACAGAGGCGUCUCGUAUUUAUGUGUUAAUUCGAUCAAAGCGUGGAAAAAGUCCACAAGACCGCAUAGCCGAAUGGAAAACAGAUCCAUUAUUUGGAGUACUACUCAAAACUCAACCAAAUACUCUGGAGAGAAUUGUGCUCAUAUCUGGUGAUUGUGAAGAACCAGAUCUGGAAAUCAGUGAAGAGGUUCGUGAGUUGCUCAAGAAUGAGGUGCAAGUGGUUAUUCACUGUGCAGCCACAGUGAACUUUGCUGAACCUUUGCACAAGGCAUUGGAUAUUAAUACUCGUGCAACACAGCUUAUGUUGAAUCUGGCCAAGGAAAUGAGUCGACUUGUGGGAUUUGUCCACGUCUCCACAGCUUUUAGCAAUUGUGUAAUUUCACACAUUUCGGAACAAUACUAUCCGGACAAUCUGAUUGCUGGGGCGGACAAGGUUUUACCGAUUAGAAAAGUUUGCGGCGAUGUUCUAUUAGACACAAUGGCAUCGACUCUCAUGGGCAAGUUUCCUAACACCUACACUUAUACAAAGGCUCUAGCAGAAAAUGUGAUUCAGACCGAGUCGGGAGAAUUACCGGUGUGCAUCUUCCGACCAGGUUCAAUUGUUGCAACUAACAAAGAGCCGAUGUCGGGAUGGAUAGACAACAUCUACGGACCCCUUGCUAUGGUUUAUGGUACUGGAAUUGGUGUUUUACGAAUUGCGCCUAUGAAUGUGAGAGCUCUAAAUCCCAUAUUGCCCGUCGACUACUGCGCCAACUGCAUUCUUGCUUGUGCAAUGCAAACAGCGAACGAAUCAGCUGAGAAGAGACAUCGCUCAUUGCCUCCGACUAUUUAUAAUUAUGUGCCCCAUAAGAGUAAUUCGAUAUCAAAUAGGGCUUUCAUUAAUAUUUUGGCGAAGUAUCGACAUGUUGUUCCAUUAGAACAGGCGCUGUGGUAUCCAUUCUUACAUACUACACCUUUUCUUUGGCUGUUCAAAUUAAUAGCUAUCUUCUACCAUACGUUACCCGGUUAUGCCAUUGAUUUGGUGCUACGGUUGCAAGGCCAAAAACCCCGAAUGAUUAAGUUAUAUCAAAAGGUACACAAAAGUAUGAACGCACUCUCCUAUUUCGGUACAAGAUUCUGGACAUAUGAAACGAUAAAUACUGCUGCUCCUUUUGCCAAUGAGCCGGAGCAUGAGCGAUGCCUCAGUUGGGAGUUCACUUCGAAGUCUCGCGGCAGCGGCGACAUAAUUAAUUUGUACAACAUUUUGCUGUAA